AUGGUCAGAGGGAUUUUCAAAGACCUCGUCAUUGCAGCGGCUGGUGACUUUCCUAGUGAUUGUCCCAACGAGCAAGCGGCCAUGGAAUGGACAAAGCUACGGAAAGGCCGGUUCUCAUCAGACUUGGAUGAUUCUGUGACCCAUCUUGUCUGCACAGACAAGGAUUUCAAAGACAGGAAGAAGAACCGCCGAAUCAAGCAAGCGGAGAAGGGCAAGAAAAAGAUUCACAUCGUCAGCUGGGACUGGUUCAGGUUCUCUUGCACUCACAACAAGAAGCUUCGUGAAAAGCACUAUGACUUCUCUGCAGUGAGAACCAGUGAGAGGGAGAAGUCUCGACAGCAACUCAAGAUACAAAAGAAAGCUCGCAACGCUUUGAUUGGACAAACAUGGAUGAAUCCAGACCUCUAUCGCAUCUUCACCGACAAGACCUUCUUUGAGUACAAGGUUGAUAUCUUCAGGACUUCAGAGGAUGAGUAUGGAGCUCUGCAUGAGAAGUAUGAACUUUAUCUCUUCGAGUCCUAUGCAAUGCCGCGUCUGUACUGGUUUGGCGCAAAACUCUUCCACAAGAAGGACAGUGGCAAGUGGCAGGCACGCGGUAUUGAGCGCACAAGCCCUACACCAGGACUUUUCAAGCAAGAGUUUCAGCAUUUCGUCAAGUUCUUCGAACUCAAGACUAGUGUUCGAUGGUGGGACAGAGUCAUCAAGGCUGGAACAAGAGAGAAGAUCUUCUUCAAUUACUCGCCGCCGAUCUGUGGCAAGCCGGUUGGGGGUAGUAUGAAGGGCGAUCUGUACGACAAGUGCGUUUGGAGCAACAAGCGCUGGCUCCGACGCUGGGCAGAGUUGUUCGGAGAUGAGCUGCCUGCCAACCUCCAGAUUGAAGAUGCAGCCAAGAACCUUCUCGACAAUCUCGACGAUGAAGCUGGUGAAUUCCUAGAGGCUCAGCCACACUGUGGUGACAAGGCGUCCAAUGACAUUAACUGCGGAGCUGCCGAAAGCAUCACAAACAACUCCUCGGACAACAAGACUGAGGAUGAGUUUAACGAAACCACUGUGGUUGACAAAUAA